CACAACGAAGGCUGAGGAAGCCACGACGCACUGCAAAAUCUCCGCUUGGGCUUGACUGUACCCCACACCACGUCCAUAGCAUGCGAUUGUACAUGAAGAGAUAAUUUUGUGAGUUGACAAUUGGAUAGGGCCAUUUACUAUCCCAGAUAUCGCUUUUAGACCGCUUUUCUACGCCGAAGCACGUCCGUUGGUGCUUUUUCGCCGACGCACGAACCCCUUGACGUCGACCGGCGAACUUCGCUGCAAUCAGACGUCUUCUCGCCUGGGUACAGCCCCCAAACCGCCUGCUGUACCGUUGAAACUCGCCCUGACGGGCGCACGCCGCCAUGGACGACGGUCCUCCACCCCCUCCUCCCCGGCAUGGGGCGAACCCAAAGACUACAGGAGGGAGUCAUGCACCCCCACCACCACCGCCGCCGCCGCCCAAUAGCGGAGGUGGUGGUCUGCCUGCAGGCAACUACGACAUAUUCAUCAUACCGCCCCACUCGUCAGGUGGUGGCUUCAUAUACCUUCCAAGCAUGGGUGUGCAGCGGAACAGCUUCGCGGCGGGUGUGGCUUGCACAUUGGCUAGUAUAGCUGUGUGGAAGUUGAUCGAGCCAUACGUGAAGCAGUACACUCUUAUGGUCACCCAGAUUGUGUAUUCGGGCGGCAACGGUGUAAUACUGCUCGUGGUCAUAGUCGGAUUCCUGGGCUUGAUCAUCGGACAGCUGUUGAGUGGAGGCAUGUUGGGGUUCGGAGGUGGUCACGGACCUCGCGGAGGAGCCGGUGCUGGUGCUGGAGCAGGCACUUCAGGGCCAGGGGCAGGCCACCAGCACGCGCAUCCAAAUGCCGGUUUCCCCGGUGCUGGUGGACCUCCUCCUCAGGGAGCACAAGGUGGAUGGGGUGGGUGGGGCGGAUAUCGACAAUACGGCGCCUCAUCUGCGCCCCCUCCACAAGACAACGAGUCGACCUGGAAGGAUGCAGAAGAGGAGCGCAAACGCGCCGAGAAAGAGCGUGAAGAAGCCGAGGAGAAGCAGGCCGAGGAGGAGCGUGAACGAGCUGAAACACAACGCAAAGAAGCGGAAGAGCAGCGAAAGAAAGAAGAGGCUGAUGAGCAACGUAAGAAAGAAGAAGCUGAGGAGCAACGGAAGAAGGAGGAAGCUGAACAACGGCGUAAGGAUGAGGAGGCUGAGCAAUUGCGCAAGCAGGAAGAGCAACGCAAGAGAGACGAAGAGGAGAGCAGACUCAAGAAAGACGAAGAGGAGAACAGACGCAAAAAAGCUGAGGAACAACUUCGUCAAAUUGAGCUAGAAGAAAAGAAGCGCGAGGACGAUCAACGCAGACAAGCUGAAGAAGAGAAAAAGAAGCGCAAGGAGCAAAAGCGUAGACAGGCCGAAGAAGAGAGAAGGCUCGAAGAGGAGCACCGCAGACACGCCGAGGAAGAACACCGCAGACGAGUUGCGGAAGAGAAGAAGCGUCGGGCCGAGGACGAACGCAGAGAAGCCGAGGAAGAGGAGAAGUGGCGGGCAGAACAAGAACGCAGACACAUCGAGGCAGAGAAGAAAUGGCGAGCGGAAGAGGAGCGCAGACAAGCUGAGGAAGACGAGAAGCGGCGGGUAGAAAAAGCACGCAUGCAAGCUGAACAAGAGAGGAAGCGCCUGGCUGAACAAGAGCGCAUGCAAGCUGAGCAGGAGAGGAAGCGACAGGCUGAACAAGAGCGCAAGGAGGCCGAGGAAGCACAUAGACAAGCUGAAGAGGCACGCAGACAAGCUGAAGAAGAGGAACAACGGCGGGCAGAGGAAGCACGGAUACUAGCUGAGAAAGAAAAGCAGAAGCGGCUGGUUGAGGAAGCUCUCAGGCAGGCUGAAGAAGAACGCAAACAAGCCGAAGAAGCUCGCCGACAAGCUGAAGCACGCAGACAAGCCGAGGAAGAGAAGAAGCGGCGGGCAGAAGAACAACGCAAACUCGCCGAGGAAGAGGAGAAGCGAAAGAUCGCAGAAGCACGGAAAAUCAUUGAAGCUCGGCGACGACGAGACGAGAGAGAGCGUAAGCAGGCUGAAGCAGCUAAAAGAAAACGCGAGGAGGAAGAACGUAUACUGGCUGAGAAUGCGCGAAUACAACGAGAAGAGGAAGAGCGCCUUGCGGCUGAGGCGGCUAAGCGGAAACGAGAGGAAGAGGAGAGGAAGCGUGCAUGGGAGGAACUCAAGAAAGCCGAGGCUGCAAGAAAGAAGCGAGAAGCGGAAGAGAAGGCCAAAGAAGAGGCAGCCAAGCAAGCUCGUGCCAAAGCAGAAAAGGAGAAGUGGGAGAAGGCCCGUCAAAGGGAAAAAGAACAACGCGAACGUGAAGCCCGCGAACGUCUCGCAGCGGAACGCGCCAAGAAACAACAAGAGGCCCGCGAAAAGGAGCAAGCUGAACGUGAAGCCAAAGAAGCCGAGGCUCGAGUACAAAUCGAGAAGGAGAUCCGCGAGAAACUUGAAGCUGAGCAAAAGGAGAUUCGCGAGAAGCUGGAGGCCGAGCAGAGGGAGAUACGUCAAAAACUCGAAGAAGAACAAAAGGCCAGAGCCGCAGAAACAGCUGCGCGACAUGCAGCAGAACAGAAAGCCGCCAUAGACAUCGCUGCAGCACAGGCGAAAGCAGAUGCUCAAGCCGCCGCCGCAGAAGCCAACGCUGCCGCCUCGAAAGCAAAGGCUGACGCCGAACGGGCGGCACGCCUCAAAGCAGCACGAGAGCGUGCCCAGCGUGACCGCGAAGCACGCCUCAAAGUCGAAGCUGAAGCGCGGGCCAAAGCAGAAGCAGAAGCACGUGUCAAAGCAGAAGCCGACGCGCGCUUCCAAGCCGAAACCGAGGCGCGUCUUCAAGCAGAAAUCGAAGCUCGUCUUAAAGCUGAAGCUGAGCUCAAAGCAGAAGCCGAGAGAAUCAAAGCAGAAGCCGAGAGGAUCACAGCAGAAGCAUCAGCAGCCGCCGCCGCUGCAGCUGCAGCUCCAGAUCUCACUGCCCGACGAUCAACUACAUACGGUGGUGUUGGUGGUGGUGAACGUCUCGAUCCGUAUGCAGGUGCGAGAGCGAAAAGUCCGCCCCCACCUUCAGUCGCCCCUUCAGUCGCCCGGACACAUUCAACCCCCGCCAAAGCAACCCCUUCGGCCGCUUCGACCGCUUCAUCCAAGAAGACCUACCAGAUGCCAACGGCGUCAUCGUACGCAGCCAGCGAAGAUGCACAGUCCUUCCAUCCGUACUCCACAGCGUCAUCUUACGUGGCCAGCGAAGACGCUUCAACCUUCCGUCCGCGCUCCACAGCAUCACGCUCACAUGUCUCGUCGGCAUACUCUGAGUCGUCAUACGCACCCUCGCAGUCUACCGCCCGGUCGACACCACCUGGAUCACAACGCGGUCCGUACUCGACCUCAGAUCCAAACAAGAUCGUCAUCAAGGCGGUGUACUUAUUCAACGACUCCUUCCCGAAGCCAGUAGCCCAGCUCGUUGCCGGCCUGGGCAAAGUCACUGAUGGCCUAAUCCUCAAGAUCCAAUCCGAAGGUCUCUUCAUCGACGAUGACGUCCGCAGCAUCCCGCAGCGCGAGUGGGACGUCAAGGCCUGGACGCUGAAAUCAGUAGAGACGGGCGUCCAAACCUCCAAGCACCUCCACAUCCUUCGCGCUUCGGUCCGCGACGCAGAAGGCAGGAGAUACGUCUUCCUCAUCGACGAAUCCGAAAGCUGGAAACUGACUCUCGGCUUGCAACGGCUGCGGAAGGGCAGUCAGGUGCGCAGUAUGCAGAGCAGUCAGAUGGCGCAGAACGACGUGAUGCGGCUGCUGAAUUCGGUGCCGCCACUUGCGUAGAGAUGUUGUAUGGGGUGUGGUAAGCGGAUGUGGGUGGAGUUGAUGGGGGAUGAAUUAGAUCGAGUUUUGUUGUUGGCCUGUCUUGUGCAAAACUCGACUUGACCUUUUCGACGCGUCGUAGCGUGUGAGCGAUUUGAUGAAAUAUAUCCUUCUUUCUACAUCGUAGCGUUAGCGGUGGAGCUGUUAGACAUGUUUAAUUUAUAUGUCUUAUUCAUG